AUGAAGGAGAUCAACGAAAUGCGACACGAGUUUUGGAAGGCAAAGACACUGGUAGAAAGAGCCGUUAAUGUGGUGGAUGCAGCAAAUGCCCAGUUGGCAUUGGGAGGAAUGUAUGUGUCUAAAUCACAGACACAACUUCUAGCACGGGAGGAAUUGGAAAAGUCAAAAGAGAAAGAGGAAGGUGGACGUAUCAAGGGAACGUUCGGCCGCGUUGUGACACAUGAAGGUUUUCUGAGGGAUCAAGCUGAGCACACUCAAUGGAGGCUGGAUGAGGCCGAGCUGGAGAAGCUGAAGGAGGAGGCCAAGGAGGGAUGGAGAAAGUUCAAUGAGACACAGAAAGCAGAGGUGGCGAAAUGGCGAGAGGAAAAAGCGCGCUUAGUUGCGCUCAAACAAAGAGUGCCGGCAAAGCCAUCGGAAAUCCGAAUGAGGGGUUGGAUGGCUCAGAAUUAUCCACAGCUCCAGCAGAACAAGCCCCCUGCAAUGCUGGAGGUGCCAGGGUGUGCUGAACAAGUGGCUGAUGGGGUCAGCGGGGGUCCAACAUGA